AGACUGUUUUGGAGUGUUUUCCGUUUUCGGUUUUCCUUUGCUGUUUAAAUUUUCGCCAUAAUGUAAAAUGGAAAUUGAUGGCGUGAUCGAUGCUCCCGAAGAAAGCUGCUCGAGCGUGAAAUUCUGUGCCUGCUGCAGUUAUCGCGAAGUGUACAACACCCGUCAACUGUUCGAUUUCCCCUCGGCUGACGAUCCCCGACGGCAGCUGUGGAUCGACGCAUGCGGAGAAGGAGCGGACUUCUUCCCGCAUCCCGAUUCCCGGGUGUGUAGCAAUCAUUUUGUGGAAUCUGAUUUUGACCAGCCGUUCCGUCGCGCAGAAGACGGUUGGUGGGUGACGCAGCUGAAAACUACAGCCGUUCCAACGCGCAACGUGAAGACGAAAACCCCCGACGCUGCGUGCGGUAGCCGUGACGACAGCCAGCUGAAAUCAAUAGCCGUGCCAGCGCCCAACUUGCACACGGAAUCCCCUGACGUUCCGUGCGGUAGCCCUGACGACAGCCAGCUGAAAUCAACAGACGUUUCAACGCGCAACUUACAAAAGGAAAACCCGGACGCCGCGGGCGGUAGCCCUAACGACAACCAACUGAAGUACACUGUCGUACCAACGCGCAGCUUGAAGGCAAAAACCCCUGACGCUCCGUGCGGUAGCCCUAACGACAGCCAGCUAAUGACAUGGACGUUUAAGAUUGACGCUACUCCGUCGUUCAGUAAUGCCCCCAAGAAGCCAAGUCAGCCCACUCAGAAAAAGCGCAAAAAACGCGGUAGCCCCCGUUAUACGGCAGUCAAAAAGAGAAUGCCCAAGCCGAAUCCCGAUGGCGGGAAUCAUGUCGACAAAAUUCCUGUAGCGCGGAAGCCGAAGCCGAAGAAGCGCAGUCGUCUCGUAGCGGCGAUCGCCGUACCCACGCAACGUGGGACACGAUCACGGCCGUCCGGGUGCGGUCGGCAUGUCGCUACUCCACUUUUGAAAAGUCUUUUGCAACCCGACACGCCCAGACCAACCGGGGAUGCGCUUCUGGUCAGCGGCGAAGGCGCGGCGAAAACGACCGUAACCAUCACGGCUAUGGAAGCGCAUUUGAUCCUGGAGAAUGCCGAGUUGCGGCUGGCUAAUAAGAACCUGCUGGAAAAAAAUAAAAAUUUGAUGGAGAGAAUUCAGACGCUGGAAACGCAGUUGAUCGGGAUUCCUCAGGAAGUCAAAGUACCGGAAAUCGAUGCGGGGGUCAACCUUAUCGCCAUUCUACAGUAUGAGAACGAUAUCAGCGUCCUCAAGACGGAGAAGCAGGAGCUGGAGGCGAAGAUCGGGAAUUUGGAGGAGAAAUUUCGAUGGGCAAAAUUUCAAGACUCUGACGACAAAGUGAACAUGCUGACCGGUUUCAAAGCGGCGUCCCUACAGCAGCUGUACCAACUCUGCGGCGGCGACGACCCCGACUUCCUGUCCCGCAUCGACUACGAAGACCCCCUCAACACCGCCAUGACCGCCCGCACCGCUAUGCAAACCUCCCGCAUGACCCUCUCCGCCGCCGACCAGUUCUUCCUCACCGCCAUCCGCCUGCACCUCAGCCUGUCCUUCGGCGUCCUGGGCCUGCUCUUUGGCGUCAACCCGUCCGUGGCGCACCGCUACUACCGCGCCUGGAUCUACGUCAUGCACCCCGACUGAGUGAGCGGCAGUGCGCGGCGGAGCUGUAUGCGUCCCUCUUCCCGGGGCGGUCGUCGGGGCUCAACGGGAUUGUGGAGAUGCUGAAGACGGAGAUUGACGACUGCUAUGGAAGGAGGCAGCGGGAGGGGGUGGCCGCUCAGAGCGCGGUGCUGCAGCGGACCCGCGCUAUCAAGUUUCCGCGCCGGAAGUGAAUGCUGGUGUGGGCUGCGGAAGGACGUACAAGCCAGACUACAAAUUGAGCAUAUUAAGGAACCGGUACAGCGAAAACAGCGUACUAUCAGCGCCACUACACUACGGUUUGGCGUGCGCCGUGAUUUUGUAUUUUUCGCUGUUUCAGUUUAUGCUCAGUUUGUAGUCUGGCUUGUAGCGGUGUUGUGCGUAUUGGAGCGUUUUCUCUGCUGGUGCUGAUUUUUGGGUUGAUGGAACGUAGUUGUUUCAUGUUUUGGUUACGGAUCUCUUUCUAGUUUCUGGUGAUAUGUGGCUGAUUUCGCCGUGUUGAUUGAUGGAUAGGAGAGUUUGUGUGUGCAAUACGCAAAUGAUUUUAACUCACUGGAAUCUUUUUGUGACAUUUUGUCGACUGUGCUCAUGCAGGAUGAA